UCUGCCUGAGUCCCAGCUGCGGAGAGCAAGACCGCUGCAGUGUCUCUGGCCCCAGGACUGUGAUAGAUACCAUGACAGGAUCAGGGGAGCCGAGCACGUCAGUGGAGAGCGAGAUCCGAUCCCAUACCCUCAGAGAAAGCACAGCCCCGCUGUCUCCCACCCAGAUACAGGAGUCAGCUGCCUCGGCUCCUCUGCCCCAGCACAGCCCCCUGCACCGAGGUCUACUCGUACUGAAGACCACGCCCUUGGCCCUCACUCACCAUCUGAUGCCACCAGGAGCCGCCUUCCCCGGUACAGCGUGGUUUCCCCAAGACAUGGAGUCCCUGAGCUCAGAGCCGGCCACCUACCCAUCACGGCAUCUCCCCGGUGCCUCAACAGCACCGGCUGCCCCCUCUGCCCAGGCACCCGCCCUUGUUUUCUGCUGCAGCUCUGUGCCGACUGGUGGGUCCAGCCCAAACUCUGUCAUGGAACGGGAUGCCAGGCUGCUGAACCCCUUGUUUGCCCAUGGUUUCUGCAAGUGGCCAGGAUGUGAACAGGUCUUCAAGCAGUACGAACUCUUCCUGAAGCACCUUGAUGACGUACACAGUUUGGGCGACAGGAGCACGGCACAGUGUCUGAUCCAGAGGGAGAGGGUGGAACAACUUCAGCGAGAGCUGCUGUUCGAGAGGGAACGCUUGGCAGCUAUGCAGACACAGCUCAGAGCAACCCCGUCAAAAGAAUCUCCGCGAUGCAACCCGGUUUCUGACUGGUUGAGGAUUUGUGCAGUUCCUCUGGUAUCAGUGGACUCCAGUGAAAGUCAACAGUGGGACAAGGACAGCUUAAAGCAACUCACAGGAACCAACACCGCCCUGGAAUACUAUAAAGUGUGCAACAUCCGGCCACCACUAACAUAUGCUGCACUCAUCCGAUGGGCCAUCCUGGAGUCACCAAAUCGGCAGCUUGCUCUCAACGAUAUCUAUCGCUGGUUCACCCGCCGCUUUGCCUACUUCCGCUACAACACUGCCACCUGGAAGAAUGCCGUGCGCCACAACCUGAGUCUGCACAAGUGCUUUGUGCGGCUGGAGGAUGUGAAGGGGGCCGUUUGGACUGUGGACGAACUGGAGUACCAGAGACGGCAGGGACGCAGGGCGAGCAGGGGGCAGGAGACACGAUGGAGCCCACAGGCAGACCAGAGGUGAACGUGGCUGGAGAGCGAGGCUUCAAGUUGCUCCAGCAGGAGAGAGGAAACCGACUGCCCGCCCUAACGCCGCAGCCUCGCCUGAGCUUGCUGCCCCAACCCCCCAACCCCCAGCUCCCUGAACUGUGCACCCUCAGCGCCGGGCCAGAUUCUACCUUUGCAAUAAAUAAACCGACACCUGGGAGCAUUCUACUGCGUGUUUGUCUGGGCACACCAAAUCCCAACCACAAACAUGUUGGCAUCACCCACACCCUCCUCCUGCCACUCUUCUGGGUGGGGCUUCAGUGGGAGUGUUACUCCCUGUUACUCAGGAACAGGUCGGGGAGGGCUUCAGUACCGUCAAGUUUCCGUCUCACAGAACACUGCAGCACAAUACAGGCUCUUUUGGCCCACCACGUUGUAGCUCCUUUAACCUACUCUAAGAUCAACCGAACCCUCCCCUUGCACAUAACUUGCCAAUUUUUCUAUCAUCCAUGUGUCUAAGUCUCUUAAAUGUCCCUAAUGUAUCUACCUCUACCACCCAUUCACUCACGAUUCCGUGUGUAAAACCUACCUCUGACUUCCUUCCUAAACUUUCCUCCCACCUUCAAAUUCCGCCCUGGGAAAAAAAGGCUGUCCACUCAAAACUCUGCCUCUUAUCAUCUUGUACACCUCUGUCAAGUCACCACUCAGCCUCCUUUGCUCCAAAGAGACAAGCCCUUGCUCGCUCAACCUAUCCUCAUAAGACAUGCUCGGUAUUUCAGGCAACAUCCUGUAAUUCUCCUCUACACACUCUCUAAAGCUUCCACAUCUUUCCGA